GGAGAGGCUGCGCGUUCACGGUUCGUUAUGUCGCUCCACGGCGGCGUGGACGCGCAGUGGAGUCCACACUCGCUGCUGCUGAGGAGGGGGGAAAAAAGCGGCGUUGGUUUGCAACAGCGACUCUUCGGGAAAAAUAUGUGCCUUCCACCGCCCUUGAUUCAUCCACGAUGCCCACGACUGCACAUGUCAUGUGAAAGGAUCCACCACAUAUGAAGAUUCGACUUUUUUCCCCCCAAGCAUUGAACUUGUUUCAGAGGAUUGUCAACUCCGUUUUAAGACACAAGAAUUGAAGUAAUCAUAACACAGGUGCAGAAAAUGGCGAGAAGGCUCCUGGUGCUUCUGGCUUUGUGGACUACUGUGAUUGGCAUUGUGCAGUGCUGUCCAGAGCUCUGCAGCUGCCAAGAUAAAUUUGCCCACCAGUUUGCUGACUGUGCCUACAAGGACCUGCUGGUGGUUCCUCUGGGUCUCCCGUCCAACGUUACCACCGUGAGCCUUUCUGCCAAUAAGAUCAAACUACUGAAAAGUAAAAGCUUCAUAAAUAUCACUCAGGUGACCUCUCUGUGGCUGGCUCACAAUGAAAUCGUUACCAUAGAGACCGACACCUUGGCGCCCCUGAUUCAGCUCCGCAACCUGGACAUCAGUUACAACAAAAUUGUGUACUUUCCAUGGGAGGAUUUGCACAACCUCACUGCCCUGCAGCUUCUGAAGAUGAACAACAAUGAAAUGGUGACCCUUCCAAAGGAUGCAUUCUCCACUCUCAAGGACCUGAGGUCACUGCGCAUCAACAAUAACAAGUUCACCACCAUUGUGCAGGGCACCUUCAGUGCUCUCGCCUCCAUGUCCCACCUUCAGAUUUACAACAACCCUUUCACGUGCUCCUGCAGCCUGGAGUGGCUCAGUGACUGGAUCUCAACAACUAAGAUUUCUGUCCCCGAGCCAAACACAAUUCUGUGUGAGACUCCUGAGAGCCUGAAGGGUACAAUGGUUACGAAGAUCCCCAAACUGGACUGUAGGGCCCCCACUGUCACUAUAACCUACCAGCCCAGCACCGAGAACACAGAGGUUAAUGAGGGUGUCAUGGUGGUCUUAAACUGUGAGACAAAGGGGAGCCCGGCACCACAAGUCAACUGGGAGGUGAUUGCAGGAAAUCAAAACUAUCUCUUCCCCCUGCCAACCUCCGGAGAGAUAAAUGAUCAGCCUAUUAAUGAUAAAACAACCAAUAACCAAUUCCUCGUCUUUAGAAACGGCACUCUCAUCAUACCUCGAAUGAGUAAAAGGGAGGAUGGGAAUUACAGCUGCUCUGCGGUCAAUGAUUUAGGUAAAGCAGAGAGCAGUGUUAGAGUGGCUAUGGCAGUCACCCAAAAACAUAAAAGCAACUCAGUGCUGGAUUCUACUCUGGACAAGCUCACUCCAUUAGGUAAGAAGCCCACAGAGUCCAAGACCUUCAGAAACAAUGUGGUCAACUGGGCUAAACCUGACGAAAAAACUAAGAAUAGUCUUGAUUCUUCAUCAGACAAAAGUGGCGACACAGAGCAGGUUGGCAUUGCUUCAAAACACCCCACCUUUGCAAGCAAGUGUGGAGUGAGAGACAGUAGUGAAUACAUCUCCAACCACGCCUUCAACCUGAGCCUGGAUGACCUGAAGCAGUACACUUUUGAUUUUGGCGUCAUUGCAUUAGAAGUGUCGGAGACAGAGGCCAAAGUGCAGCUGAAUCCCCUGCAGCUUCCCAACAGCAAAUCUAACCUUCACCUCAGUCAAAGUGAAAAUGAGCAAACAGUGAAUAAAGAGACUGUAGGUUUGUACCAGCCCUCAUCUGCUAAAUCCACCCUGGACAUGCUCUACCUCUGCAUCAACACAGGAAAUGGACAUUCUAUUGUUCAGUGGUCCAACAUAGAGGAGGGAGUGAAUGCCUAUCAUUUCCAUGGUUUAAAGCCAGGCACCAAUUACACACUCUGUCUCACCUAUGGGGGGCAGGACUGCCAAGUCCAAGUAGUCUUCACUACUAGGAAGAAGAUUCCCUCCCUGCUUAUCAUCGUUGUUGUCAGCAUUUUCCUACUUGGUCUGGCCACUGUUCCCUUACUGGGUGCCACCUGCUGCCAUUUGUUAUACAAGUAUCAAGGGAAGACCUACAAGCUGAUCAUGAAGGCUCAGAAUCCGGAUCAGAUGGAGAAACAAAUGGCUGGAGAUUUUGAUCCCAGGGCGUCUUUUGUGGAGUCAGAGAAAACCUUCAACCCCAGCGAGUCUGGCGAGGGGGAAGGAGAGGUGGAGGGAGGGGAGGGAGACGGCGAUGGGGAGGCGGAGGGGAGCGUGGUGACCGAGUCCAUCCCCGGAUCCUCAUCCAAAACCAACCCGGAGGAGUUCGAGGUGGGCUCAGAGUACAGUGACAGGUUACCUCUGGGAGCAGAGGCGGUCAACAUCUCGGAGGAGAUCAAUGGCAACUACAAGCAGCCGAGCCGCUGAGCUGAGCGCCGCUGAUGUCUGCGGGUUUACUGUAAAAUACUUUACUUUUUAAUAAAGCAGGUAACUCACCCACCAUCACCACACGUGAAUUACAUUGCGCCUGAUAUAACCGAAGGUUGAUUUUUUAUUAUUAUUAUUUCUUUAUGAAUACUUUUCUCUUAUUUUUUUAUCACCUCACAAAUACUGAGGACGUGGAUUGAUUCAUGUAACAUUUGUAGUCUACUGUAAGGUUAAACCGAGUGACAUGCGUUUAAGCACAAAUGUGUAGUUAAUCAUACCUCGAGACUGACAUAAAAGCAGGAAAAGAGUCGCUCCUUCUCUGCGGGACGCACAAUGGGCAUCGGCGCAAAAUUGUGCGUAUAUUAUACGGUGAAGGCGCGCGUAAUUACUGGCACGCGUGGGAUUAGAAUUUUUUAAUCACUGUCUUUAAGAGCACAAAAGGCAACAAAAGACAAACAAGUGCCAUGUAUUUAAACGCCAUUACAAUUAACAUCAGGGAAAUCUGCUAUUUGUAAUCUCUCUCUGCGUGCGUGCAUGUGUGUGCGCGCGCCACAGCAGUGGAUGAGCCUUUUUUAAAAUCUCUCACAGGCCAGCAUCCUCUCAGGUGUCGAGCGCUCCGACUCCACUCAGCCACGGCACUGAUGCAGCAGACUGAGAUAUUAAUAAUGAUGAUAUUUUACUGAAACUUUUACAGUCGCCUGAUCUUGGCACACAGCUGCGUCCUGCCCGAUGUCCUGCAAGUCCAAAAUAAAAACGGGAGUUUUAUUCUCAGCUGUAUUGGUUUUUUUUGACCGAAUAAACCGAGAUAUUAACCAACAACGUAACGUUAAGGCUUUAAAAUGUGCGAUUAUUCCAACCUAUUGUAUUAUUAACGGGUGCUUGCUUUAUUCUCGCCUUUUUCCAAUGAACGUGUCCAUGGCAUGUCACGCGUAUUUCCAUGUGUGUUUUUGUUUCUUAGUGUAGUCUAGGUAACUUUAGAUGUUGCUGUCGACCUGUGAUGUAAAGCUACGUGAAUUUAAAUAAUUCUUUUUUUAUUAUUAUUUUUACGACUGUAAAUGAAACGAAGCCUCGACACCGAGGACGCGCGUGUGCGUCAAAAACGGCUUCACUGUCUUUGUAAUUUGAUGCGUAGUGAGUUUUUUGUGAAAUACGAUGUAAAACGAGAAAACCAGUGACCUUUACAGAUUUUUUGAUAUCAUUUUAUGUAAGUGGAAUUAAUAAAAGAAAUUAAACUAUA